AGCAGCCGCCGUGAUGGCGACAGCAGGGCAGAUCUGGGUGGUAUUGGUCGCGCUGCUGGCCGGACGGGUCUGGGGCGGCCUGACCGGCGAAGGAGCUGACCUGACCGGCGAUGGAGCUGACUUUGGCAGUGGUGAUGGGCAUGGGGCCGACCUGACCGGCGAUGGAGCCGUACCGACUAUUGAUGAAGCUGACCUAGCCAGUGGUGAUGGAGCUGAUCUAGUCAACGGUGAGGCUGACCUGACCAGCGAUAGACCUGACAUGACCAGCGAAGCUGAUGCCACACAGCUGGAUCGUCAGGCAGCCGACUUCAUUGCUAAACUCAACCAGGACUAUCAGCUUCACUGUAACCAGAUGGUGAAGAAGAGGUGGAAUUUCAAUGCCAACCUGACAGACCACAACCAGAAGAUUAUGAACGAGUACGCUGCCGAGUACGCCAGCUACCAGAAGGAAAAAUGGGCGGAGGUCAUCCAGUGGGACUGGAUGAAGAUUAACGACCCCCUCACAAGACGCCAGUUCAAGCACUUCUCCACACUCGGGCCGGCGGCGCUGCCGGACGAAAAGUUCAAAAUGUAUACCGACCUCAGAAGUAAGCUCAAGAAACGCUAUGGCUCUGCGACAAUAUGCGACUUCAAUGACCCGAAGAAGUGUGACCUUCGACUCGAACCAGAGCUGGAGGACAUUAUGAUGAACAGCACAGAUCCGGAGGAGUUGAAGCACGUUUGGCUGCAGUGGAGAGAACAGUCUGGCAAAAAGAUGAGAAAAGACUACAUACAGUUCGCCGGCCUCAUAAACGACAUUGCUUGGGCCAACAACUUCACGGACGGCACCGACAUGUGGCUGGACGAUUACGACACUCCCGAUUUCCGGGAGCGGCUGGCCGCCCUCUGGGAGGAGGUGGCGCCGCUGUACCGUCAGCUGCACGCCUUCGUGCGCGGCCGCCUCAGGGCCCGCUACGGGGACAGCGUGGUCAGCAGGAGCGGACCCAUACCGGCCCACCUGCUCGGGAACAUGUGGGCCCAGGCGUGGGGUAACAUAAUCGAUAUAUGCAAACCGUAUCCAGAGAAAAAGGCUGCCGACGUCUCAGCGCAGAUGAAAGAAGCCGGGUACACGCCGGUGCGCAUGUUCCGUCUCUCGGAGGAAUUUUUCACGUCACUCGGCCUGGAGCCGAUGCCGGACACCUUCUGGAACCUGUCGGUGCUGGAGCGGCCCGCGGACGGGAGGGAGCUGGUCUGUCACGCCAGCGCCUGGGACUUCUGUGACCAGCGCGACUUCAGGAUAAAGCAGUGCACGGUGGUCUCGAUGGACCAGCUGAUAACGGUACACCACGAAAUGGGCCACAUCCAGUACUACAUCCAGUACAAAGACCUCCCGAUGGCGCUGAGGAGAGGGGCUAACAGCGGAUUCCAUGAGGCUUUGGGCGACACCUUAGCUCUAUCGGUUCAGACCAGGAAACAUCUGAAGAAGAUUGGUCUUCUGAAGGAAGAAAAAGACGAUCCUGAGGUGGAUCUGAACUUCCUGAUGCUGACGGCGCUGGACAAGAUCGCCUUCCUGCCGUUCGGCUACCUGAUCGACAAGUGGCGCUGGGACCUCUUCUCCAACGUGACGUCGCCUGAGGACCUGAACUGUGCCUGGUGGAAGCUGCGGGAAGAGCUGCAGGGCGUGAAGCCGCCCCAGCCGCGCUCAGAGGCCGACUUCGACCCCGGCGCCAAGUACCACGUGCCCGCCAACACGCCCUACGUCAGGUACUUCGUGGCUCGGAUCCUGCAGUUCCAGUUCCACAAGGCACUGUGUCAGGCGGCUGGAGAGUACGACCCACAGGAUUCCAGCCGACCUCUACACCAAUGCGACAUCUAUCAAAGCAAGGAGGCCGGAAAACUACUGAGCGCCAUGAUGCGCCUGGGCCAUUCUGUACCGUGGCCGGACGCGCUGGAGGCCAUCACGGGCCAGAGGGCGAUGGACGCCUCCCCGCUGCGCGAGUACUUCCGACCGCUGGAGGAAUGGCUGACGAAGGAGAACGAACGGACCGGCGAAACGGUCGGCUGGAAAAGCGACGGUCCCGUUUGCACGAAGACGCCAGAAGCAACAUGCACUGGUCGUAAAUAGUCACCUUAGGACGGUUAAUGCUUCGUGCAGACACCAUAUUAAGUGAUCGUGGCACCGGCUUUUUCUGUACAUGGGUAGGUACUCUCGCCACAAAAAGUGCAAGAAUAAGUGCAAUGGGCAUGUUUCGAUGAUGCAUUAAGAAAGUUACGUUUUGCUGCUCUUUACAUGCUUGGUGAAUGAAUAUAUUGUUAGGUAAAAAGUCAA